AUGACGUGGACGUCGGUGCUGAGGGGUGAGUCCGAGACCGAGGAGGAAUUCUUGGACCGUUUGAGCGAGCAGUGGUUGGCAGUGGAGAGGGACGAAAGAGUUUGGAGGGGUUGGAGUCUGGAGCAAGAUAGUCGCUUUGAGGAGCGUGGAGAGUACCUGCGCACGUCCUUCCGAGCCCACCUGCGGCGCUACACCUGUGCCUUCCUGAACAGCGGAGGGGGCAGCCUGCUGGUGGGGGUGGACGAUGACGGGGUGGUGAGGGGGCUACGUUGUGACCACAGGCAGGAGGACCAGGCACGGUUGCUGGUGGACUCCAUCCUGAGGGGCUUCCACGCCACACUGUUACCAUACUCCUACACCUUGGCCUUCCUCCCAAUCUCUCUUACCCAGUGUCUCUUCCUCCACCUCCAUGUUCUGCACCUCACCCUGUGCCCCCUUCCAGCCCUCACCCAGCAGGACCUGUACCAGACCGACCAGGGAGAGGUGUUCCUCAGGAGGGAUGGCAGUGUGGAGGGACCUCUGUCUGCUAGCGCCAUCCAGGAGUGGGCCAGGCAGUGGUGGAGUUGGGAGGAACAGUCAAGACCCUGGACCCCCACGCUGCCCUCAGUGCCAAUGUACAGAGUGCAGAUCAAACAGCUUAUGUGA